CCACCCGGAAGUAGUCGGUUGAACCACAGCCAGCGUAUGCUAACGUUUCAUCUGUAUCGCUCACUAUCUGCUCUUUCAGAGCACAAACAUGUAAUUUAAACCCAAGUUAUAGUCACGUUUAGCCGAGAUUUAUCUAAUAACCUUUUCGUAGACGGCUUAAUGGUGUCAAUAGUUUCAGCCGAGGGGAAAAAAAGAAACUGCUAAUUUUCCGAUGGACGUAGCACUGAGCAUGUUCGCUUCGUAUUCACUAGUUUGACGUUAGUUCGGACAUGUAGCCUACUAGUGAAGACUUUGUGAAUUAUCUUUGAAUUUACUCUUUUCUUAAUGUCUCUCGCUGUAAUUCCUGCUCCAAAAGGGAACCGAGCUCUUACUCUCACGGCCUGGGUGUGUGUAUUAUUGGCAGGAUCUUUGCACUAGUUUUCUCUCACUAAAGUCCCAGUCACGUCACAGCAGAUAAGAAUAUAUGCGAUAUAAUAAGGAUUGACUCAAAAACAGGCGUUAAGGAUGAGUUUCUUCAGUUUUGGACAGAGUGCAGAGAUCGAUGUAGUCCUCAAUGACGCCGAGACGAGGAAGAAGGCUGAACACAAGACUGAAGAUGGCAAGAAAGAUAAAUAUUUCCUCUUCUACGACGGAGAGACCGUCAGUGGGAAGGUGAAUGUGACGCUGAAGAACCCCGGGAAGAGGCUGGAGCACCACGGCAUCAAGAUCGAGUUUGUGGGCCAGAUAGAGCUGUAUUACGACAGAGGAAACCAUCAUGAAUUUGUUUCCUUGGUGAAAGAUCUUGCGAGGCCCGGUGAAAUAACUCAGUCGCAGACCUUCGACUUUGAGUUCACCCAUGUUGAGAAACCCUACGAGUCCUACACAGGCCAGAACGUCAAGCUAAGAUACUUUCUUCGUGCCACGGUGGUAAGAAGACUAAAUGACAUCACAAAAGAGAUGGACAUUGUUGUCCACACACUGAGCACCUACCCUGAACUCAACUCCUCCAUCAAGAUGGAAGUUGGAAUUGAAGACUGUCUCCACAUUGAGUUUGAGUAUAAUAAAUCCAAGUAUCAUCUGAAAGAUGUAAUUGUUGGAAAAAUCUAUUUCCUGCUGGUGAGGAUCAAAAUAAAGCACAUGGAGAUCGACAUCAUCAAACGUGAGACAACAGGCACCGGCCCGAGUGUUUACCACGAAAAUGACACUAUUGCUAAAUACGAGAUCAUGGAUGGAGCACCAGUCAGGGGAGAGUCCAUUCCCAUCCGAUUAUUUCUGGCUGGCUAUGAUCUGACUCCGACCAUGCGAGACAUCAACAAGAAGUUCUCUGUGCGCUAUUACCUGAACCUGGUGCUGAUUGAUGAAGAGGAAAGACGCUACUUCAAACAACAGGAAAUCACGCUGUGGAGGAAAGGAGACGUGGUGAGGAAGAGCAUGUCCCACCAGGCCGCCAUCGCGUCUCAGAGGUUCGAGGGCUCGGCUGCGUCAGAGAGCGCACUGGAACAGGCUGCAAAGGAGGAGAGCGGCUAGAGCCGCCGCCCUGCUCUCACAGGAGUUGUCGGUGUCGGCGCGAGAGAGGCGGAUACCUGUCAACUGUGCAACAAAUGGAGAGUCAGCUGUUUUGUUUGUAGCCGCUGCUGGUAAAGGAAGGAAGAAGGGAGACAAAUGCACCCACUAAAACUGUGUGUCAAUUAUGAAACAGUUUGUAUGAGGCAUUCAGAGCGGCUUCAGGCUGCUCCUGUCCUUCCUCAUUCAUGCAUUUUAUUUUUCUGUAUGGAAAUCGAACUAAUCACCUGUCGCAGUGUCUGCUGAUAUGAAAUUCUUACAUUUUUAAAUCACGUUUGUUACAUUCUAACGCUUUUUUGGGAUAAGUUGAUUUUUUUUUUUGGGGUCACUUUGUUGUUAUAAAUAAAUUGUCAUAAAGUUUCAACAAGCAAAUCUCUUACAUUCCACAUUUAAUGAGUGCAUUCCUAACAUUGUUAUAAGAGUAAGAAAUAAGAGUUAACUUUGCAUUGCUUUAUCAUAUGGAGCACAUUUUUCUUGGUCAUUGCACAAAAAUAGUGAAAGUGGAGACCAGAAUAUUUUGUUCCCUUUUCUGGGCAAGAAGGCUAAAGUAUUAUCCCACGUAUUGUUUUCUUUCUUUUCUUUUUUUUUAGCUGUAAAUAAAACCAGUCAAACCUAUUAUCCUGUUCCAGCUUGUAUACAUUCACUAUUCAGUACACAGUGCUACAAUGACCUUUCAUGUCCAUGUGCUUUACCUCAUUCCAGUGGUGUUAGGAGAGGAUGUCAAAGUAUAUGUAUUAAGGUCUGAUUGUAUGGAGUCUUCUAUAUCCUCUUUAUUAGAGACUUGAAGUCGUGCCUAUGUGUAUUAAGCAAAUGAAAUUCUACUGCCUCUAACAUGAUUUUAGUCUUUUAACCAGAGAAAAAUUACUUAUUGACUUAUCUAUCUUUUGCAAAAUGCUAAUCAAGUACUCUGUUCCCAAAUGUCCAAUAAAUUGAUGCCAAAUGGAAAACAA